AUGUCCGAUAAUAUGCAAAUAGAUUCUCCGUCCCCACAAGAAAUUGACGAAGGGUUGUAUUCCCGUCAGUUAUACGUGUUGGGUAAGGAGGCCAUGCUUAAAAUGCAAAAUGCCAAUGUCUUGAUCAUUGGACUCAAUGGAUUGGGUAUAGAAAUUGCUAAGAAUAUCGCUCUUGCUGGGGUCAAGUCAUUGAGCUUAUACGAUCCUAAACCAGUAUCUAUCACUGAUUUAUCCACCCAAUUUUUCUUGUCCGAGUCAGAAAUUGGCCAACCAAGAGAUGUUGCCAGUCGUGAAAAAUUGGCUGAAUUGAAUUCUUAUGUUCCCAUCAAUGUUGUUGACAAUAUAAACGAAGAAACUUUAUUGAAAUUUAAAUGUAUUGUGUCAACAAACAUCUCAUUAGAAGAACAAGUUAAAAUCAACAACAUUACACACGCCAACAAUAUUGGUUACAUAAAUGCCGACAUUAAAGGAUUGUUUGGUCAAAUAUUUGUGGAUUUUGGAGACAAGUUUACCGUAAUUGACCAAACUGGUGAAGAACCAUUAAGCGGGAUUGUGUCUGAUAUUGAAAAAAACGGUACUGUUACAAUGUUGGAUGAUAACAGACACGGUUUACAAGAUGGCGAUUAUGUCAAGUUUGCCGAAAUUGAAGGCAUGCCCAAGUUGAAUGAUGGAAAUCCCCACAAGGUUGAAGUUUUGGGGCCAUAUGCGUUCAAGAUUAAGAUUGAUGACAGCUAUGGUGAAUACGUAAAGGGAGGAUUAUACACCCAGGUUAAAGUUCCCAAGGAUUUAUCAUUUGAACCAUUAACCAAGCAAUUGGCAGCUCCUGAAUAUUUAAUUUCUGAUUUCGCGAAAUUUGACAAGCCAGCACAAUUGCAUUUGGGGUUCCAAGCCUUGCAUGCAUUCCAAACCAAGCACCAAGGUGAGUUACCAGCACCAUACAGUGAACAAGAUGCAACUGAAGCCUUCAGAUACGCUGAAGAAUUGGCUACUCAAAACCCAUCAAUUUUGGGUGAAGACAAACUUGAUGAAAAAUACCUUAAGGAAUUGUUCUACCAAGCUCGUGGUGAUAUUCCUGGAGUUGUUGCAUUUUAUGGUGGAUUGAUUGCUCAAGAAGUAUUAAAGAAUUGUUCUUCCAAAUUCACUCCUAUCAAACAGUGGUUAUACUUUGAUUCCUUAGAAUCAUUGCCUUCAGAAACAGAGUAUCCAAGAAACGAAGAAAACAACAAACCAAUUGGCUCCAGAUAUGAUGGCCAAAUUGCAGUUUUUGGUAAGGCAUUCCAAGAAAAAAUUGCCAACUUGAAAGUAUUUUUAGUUGGUUCUGGUGCCAUCGGUUGUGAAAUGUUAAAGAACUGGGCAAUGAUGGGAUUAGGAUCCGGACCAGAAGGUAAAAUUUUUAUUACUGAUAACGAUUCCAUUGAAAAAUCAAACUUGAACCGUCAAUUCUUGUUUAGACCUAAGGAUGUUGGCAAAAAUAAGUCUGAUGUUGCUGCACUAGCUGUUCAACAUAUGAACCCUGAUUUGAAAGGUAAGAUUGACUCUAAAUUAGACAAAGUGGGACCAGAAACCGAAGACAUUUUCGAUGACAAAUUCUGGAGUCAAUUGAAUAUUGUUGUCAAUGCUUUGGAUAAUGUUGAAGCUAGAACGUAUGUUGAUCGUCGUUGUGUCUUUUACAAAAAACCAUUGUUGGAGUCUGGUACCUUGGGUACUAAAGGUAAUACUCAAGUUGUCAUUCCAAACUUGACUGAAUCUUAUUCAUCAUCUCAAGACCCACCAGAAAAGUCUAUUCCGUUGUGUACUUUGAGAUCAUUCCCAAACAAGAUUGAUCAUACUAUAGCUUGGGCUAAAUCGUUAUUCCAAGGUUAUUUCGCUGAUUCUCCAGAAAGUGUCAAUUUGUACUUGAGCCAACCAAAUUAUGUGGAACAAACUUUAAAACAAAACCCAGAUAUCAAAGGUACUUUGGAAAGUAUUUCCAAGUAUUUGAACAACCGCCCUUACACUUUUGAGGAUUGUAUUAAAUGGGCAAGACAAGAAUUUGAAACCAAAUUUAAUCACGACAUUCAACAAUUAUUGUACAAUUUCCCACCCAAUGCCAAGACUUCGACCGGAGCUCCAUUCUGGUCUGGUCCCAAGAGAGCUCCCAAACCAUUGGAGUUUGAUAUUAACAAUAAAGAUCAUUUGGAUUUCAUUAUUGGUGGAGCCAAUUUAUUAGCAUUUAUCUAUGGAUUGAAAGAACCUAAUGCAACUAUCGAUGAUUUCAAGAAAGUUUUGGAACAAGUUGUUAUUGAGCCAUUUCAACCUAAAUCAGGAGUUGAAAUUGCUGCCACUGACGCAGAAGCUGAAGAACAAGCUAAUAAUCUUUCUGGAUCAAUCGACGAUGAACAAAUUAGAAAGAUUGCUGCUUCUUUGCCUGAACCAAGUACAUUGGCUGGUUACAGAUUGACACCAAUUGAAUUCGAAAAAGAUGAUGAUACCAAUCACCAUAUUGAGUUUAUCACUGCUGCAUCUAAUUGUAGAGCAUUGAAUUAUGGUAUUGAAACUGCUGAUGCUCACAAGACCAAAUUUAUUGCUGGUAAGAUUAUUCCUGCCAUUGCAACUACCACAGCCUUAGUUACCGGGUUGGUUUGUUUGGAAUUGUACAAGGUUGUUGAUGGUAAAGAUGAUAUUGAGCAAUACAAGAAUGGGUUUAUCAACUUGGCUUUACCAUUUAUUGGAUUUUCUGAACCAAUCAAGUCAGCAGAAGGUAAAUAUAAUAACAAGAAGUUUGAUCAAAUUUGGGAUAGAUUUGAACUUAAUGGUGACAUUACAUUACAAGAAUUGUUAGAUCAUUUUGAAAAGGAAGAAGGCUUAACUAUUUCUAUGUUAUCUUAUGGGGUGUCACUUUUAUAUGCAUCAUUUUUCCCACCUAAAAAGGUUAAAGAUAGAUUAGGGUUAAAAUUAACCAGUUUGAUAAAAGAAGUCAGUAAGAAAGAGGUACCAUCCCAUGUUAAGCAUUUGAUUUUUGAAAUUUGCUGUGAUGAUGAAGAAGGUGAAGAUGUUGAAGUUCCAUAUAUUUGUGUGAAAUUAUAA